CAAACUUGUGACGUCACCAUUUCAUGUGCACAGGAAGAUUCACUUCAGGAAGAAUAAUUAUCUCAAAAAUUCCCUAAAAUGCAGCAUUAUUUAUGAAGUAAAGAUCACUUGGAAACUACAUCUAUACAAGCAGAGUGAACCCGGUGACCAUGUCCACAGCCAGCACACAGUAUCACAUGCCCUCGGAGUAUGAGGAUGAGGCACCUUUGUCAUACGACCCUCAGUUCACGGCAGAGAUUAGCAACAAGAUGCAGGUACCUGACAGAAUCCAGAUGCACCCGCAGCCUCAGUCUGGAUACCCUACUUACCAAGAGAACAACGAGGACCCCCACAGAGAUGUCAGGCACGCAAUGAAAGUACCAGACAGAAUUGUCAUUGCAGGACACAACCAACACAUAGGUAUGAAGCAGGAACCACGCCCCCUAGACCUGGACGUCCUGACCCAAACUGACCAGACCUCACAUUACGUGGGACUGACCACGCCCCCUCGCGUCCUGACCGUGGAGGAAAGCGGGUUCCCCAUCAUUGAGGAGGAGGAGGAGGAAGAGAGGGAGGAGGGCGGAACUGGAGAUCAUGGGUCAAGGUCACAUAAUACAACCUUGAUGUUGGAUAUGUCAGCUCAGGGACAGCAUACAUUGGACGCUCUUCAAGUACCUCCAUACUCUCCAGGAGGUAUUAACGAUUCUUUAGUGGAGCUUGAAGAAGAAGAUGAAAGAAUAGUCUUACGGCGCCAUGUGACAAAGCUAACUCGGAGAAUUAUGCAAUUGGAAAACAGCGAUCAAAGACGAGUACAAAGGGAAAUCAUAUACUGUUCCUUAGCAUCACUUUAUUUGGUGUGGAAAAUUUGGUCAUGGAUGAAAAAUGGGAGAUGAUAAGAAAACUUCUAGCACAGAUUAACUGGAUGUAGAUUUAAACUUGGGUCCUUAAAU